UCCAGACGUCCAGUCCUAGCCGAUUCGUCUUCCUCCUCUUUGGUUCUUGAUUGACAUACAUUAACAGCGUCAGAACUCAGAGGAACAGAGCAUUGUUUCUGCAGAGUUUUUGCUAGCCCUUCCCGCAACUCGAUCAUGAGCUACCAGCAGGGCUACCCGCCGCCGGGCACCGCAGCAGCGUACCCUCCGCCGGGCCAGCAGCAGGCCUACGUCGCGCCGCCGCCGGCUGCGUACCAGCAGGGCCAGCAGUACCCUCCGGCCGGCGGCGACACCACCAGCCGCGGCGAGCACGGCCACGGCGGCGAUGGGUUCUUGAAAGGAUGCUGCGCGGCGCUCUGCUGCUGCUGCCUCCUCGACGCCUGCUUCUGAUCCACUUCGUCCGGUGUUGUUCGACCGUCAUGACUCAUGAUCAGGCGCGGCGGCAUAUAGAGCUCGUCAUGAUCGAGUUUGAGUACUAGUCCCGGAGCACGACUUUCUUGUGUGAUCGUGUGCGUUGUUUUGUUUCCAUUCGUAUGAUUUAGAUAGAUAGACCUGUGAGAUUGAUCCGGCUAGUGGCCUCGUUGAAUGCAUAUUCUCUUGGUGUUGUUUACCUUGUUGGCAGUGAUGAUCGAAUUAUUUGUUGGUCUUUAUAGUGAAAUAAUCUGACAAUAACUGCAUUUGAACUUUAC